AGGCGCGGGCCGGGAGCGCAGCGGGCGCAGGGCAGCGGGCGCAGCGCGGCCCGGCCAUGGGCGCUGAGGCGGGCGGCCCGCGGGACCCCGCGCCCGGCCAGCAGCUCCGCGCCCUCUUCUACGCGCUGCCGCCCGCAGAGAGCUCCUUCCGCACGGUGGAGGAGGUGCCCGACUACGUAGAGAAGAGUAUCCCAUUCUUCAUUACUUUUAUUGGGCUGGAGUUUGCUGUCAGCUGGAUUCAGAAGCGUAAGCUGCCGGGUCGGAUCAAUGAUGGCAUAAGUUCUCUUUCCUUAGGUAUCCUGUCCCGACUACCAGAUAUUUUAUUCAGAAGUAUUGAGUUAAUUAGUUACAUAUACGUAUGGAAUAACUACAGACUCUUUGAACUGCCCUGGGACUCACCAUGGACAUGGUAUUUGACACUUCUGGGAGUGGACUUUGCAUACUACUGCUUUCAUCGCAUGAGCCAUGAGGUUAAUAUACUGUGGGCUGCACACCAAGUACACCAUAGUUCAGAAGAUUACAACUUAUUCACAGCCUUGAGACAAUCUGUACUGCAGAAAUACACCUCCUGGAUGUUCAACUUGCCCAUGGCUCUUCUCAUUCCCCCCUCAGUGUUUGCUGUUCAUUUACAGUUUAAUCUGCUUUACCAGUUUUGGAUACACACAGAGGUUAUCAACAAACUUGGGCCUCUGGAAUGGAUACUUAAUACUCCCAGUCAUCACAGAGUUCAUCAUGGUAGAAAUCCUUACUGCAUUGACAAAAAUUAUGGUGGCACACUCAUUAUCUGGGACAGGAUGUUUGGAACAUUUGAGGCUGAAGAUGCAAAAGUUGUAUAUGGCUUAACACAUCCAGUAAAUUCAUUUGAUCCCAUCAUGCUCCAGUUACGUCCCUUGGCUCAUAUUUGGAACACGUUUUGGGCCACACCUGGAUUCUGCAAUAAGCUUUCUGUCAUAUUCAAAGGGCCAGGCUGGGGACCAGGCAAACCUAGACUUGGCCUUCCUGAGGAAAUCCCAGUGGUCACUGGAAAAGAAGUUCCCUUCAAUCCACGUGUACCAGCUUAUCUUAAUUACUAUGCACUUGUACAUUUUGCUGUAAUAGUGGACUUGUACAUCGAACUUCUUGCUUCUAUGACUAUGUUGUCACAAGGAACAGUUCUCAUGAGAAUUGGCUUUAUUAUUCUGUCCCUGGCAUCUUUUGGACUACUUAUGGAGAACAAGUCCAAAGCAGGAAUUUUGGAAAUUAUCCGUUGUUUAGUCUUCAUAGGUGUUUACAAACUUGGCUACUUUAGGAGUCAUUUUUCCUUCUUGGGCUAUGCAUAUGAGGUCUUGUUUUCCCUCUGUGCUGCAUUCUGGGCAAUUCAAAUGAUGAAGCGGAUCACUUCAUUCAAGGAUAAACACCACUGAAAGAACAGAGCUGCCAUCACCUUAAAUAUGGAAACAGCACUUCAGAAUAACCUUCUAAGUUCAGUGGAAUUAAUCAACCAUGAAUCAUGCUGAAUUGCAAUCAGUUCACUUAUGAUACAAGAGAUUUGUGUUUUUUGUAUGAAGGUUUGAAAGAUUCCUAGGGGCAUAUAAUCAUUUUUACUUGAUUUUUUAAAUAAAUAUUUAAUUUCUUCCCAAUUUAAAUCAAAUAUUCAUUCACAGCAUAGAUUUUUGCAUUCAUAGGUUUACAAAUUCUUUGAGACCAUGUAAAACUAAUUUAAUUUUUGCAGUGAUUUUGUUAGUAAUAAAAUGUGAAAAGUAUUUUUCACAAGAGGAAUAAUUAAAAUCAUAUCUGAUGUAACCUGGUAUAAAGUGAUUGACUGUCUUUUUAUUGACGCUAAACAUAAACAUAUGUGAAUGUCAUUUGUUCUGUAAUGAUUGAAUUACACUAGAAUCUCCAUGUCAUACCCAAUUCAGUGUUCAUAACAGACAGCUACAUGAGGAUGAGUAGUUGAGGCAAGAAAAUGAUUAAAAACAGCAUGAUAAAAUAACUCAACCUAGUAUGAGCUGAAACAUCUUCAAUAAAAUUGGCUGAUGCAUGCAUUGUAUAAUGCAGACAUGCGGCUUAGGCUGAGUUAUUUACGGAAUACACCUGCAUUGCCAACUUUAGACAGUGAUCAACUCAGGAUUUACACAUGGGUAUCCCACUGACUCUCACAUGACAAUAUAUUUGCAAGGCUGGGCCCUUAAUUUCUGGUAAUUUCCUGCUGGGUGAUGUCAGGGGAGAUGCAUGUCUUGUCUUUCAGAAGCUGUUGGAAAGAUGGUGUGUACUAAGAUAGGAAAAUUAAAUACAAAUGGUAGAGGGAGUCUCCAAACAGCAGGACUGGCAAAAAUACUGGAUCUAGGUUGUUUUUCUUUCCUCACACUCAUCCAACUUUUUUUUUGGCUUCAAGCCUUUCAGAAGUGCUUAAAGUCAAGUAGCUAAAAAAUGGAGUCUGUCUUAGAUGCUAAGUAUGUGUUCUGGUUUUUUACCCAUUUCAUUUUCCUUUAAGAUGUUAAUGGCAGUCUAACAGACAUCUGAAAUUUAGGCAGCCUACUUUGAAUUAACCCGUAUUUUCAGUCUCUAGAUGUAACAGAUGCCACUGUCCAUGGAAUGCUAUGUUUCCAACAAAUUUUCAGAAACACAGUCAUGUUAUUUAUAUAAAAUUGUUGCACUUUCUAAUGAUAGUAUCAUCUUAAUUGUAAAAUAGAAUCAUUAAAAUACUUGGAUUGCAAGGAACCUUAAUGAUGGGUUAUUUAAUAUAUAACAAAAUAAAUAAAAAAAAAAACCAAAAUCUGAUUCCAGAAGUACAAGAAAAUUACCAAUUUCUUAUGUGGCCUUGUGAGUUAGUGCACCUGUAUUUUCCAAAUUUGUAAUGGUGACAUGGUCAGUUUAAUAUAACAAAGAAUUGUGUUGAAAGUCAAUUUCCGUAUCAAAAUAAAUUCUUCAAAGAGACAGAAAUGGGACAAAAAUUUAACAUUUUAUGCAUUUGAAAACUAGCAGUUUUGGAGGGGCAACAAUGAAGAAUUAAGUAAAAUUAAAUUAAUUUUAAAGCUGUCCCGAUGAAUAUCAUGUAUUUACAAGAGAAAAGGAAUGUGAUUUCAAGGACAAGUAUAAAAUGUGUCUGAUGAGGAAAACCUAGUCAUUAAAGCAGAGGCCAAACAAAUUUCCACUUUUCCAAGGGUUUUUAGAUCCCAGUUUCCUGCUUCCGGGGACUUACAUUGUGUAUAGGUUGUUUGAAAGCAAGGCUCAGGUGAAGAGCAACAUUCUUCCAUUGCAUUCUGAUCAGAAGGGUCUGAGAACAGCUCCUUCAACAUGAGGCUGUUCAAGCCUCAUGGUGAGUGUCCAGGACUCCUGUGCUUUACAAUAACAUCACCCAGGUAUAUAUAAGCAAUCCUUUGGCUACAGACUGGAAGCUAGGAUUUGCCAUUUUUGGAGAAGAGAGUUUCAGGGACAAGCUCUUAAGAACUCCUUUGCACCAUUCUUUCAGUGGCUAUGUGGUAGGUAACUAUAUCCCUGUCAACUUGUUUGUCACAGAUUUUUUAAAAUAUAAAUUAUAUAAUAUUUUAGGCAUCUAACACCACUACUGGAUCUAGUUAAUGCUGUCUUUAUAUCCACUGCAAUGAGUGAAAUAAUUAUCCCAACGGGUGGGAGUCAGGAAGCAGGAGACCAGUUUGGAGACCAGUUGAGCACUGAAUUGAAUUAUGUGCAGUUAAUAUAUAUCAUGCAGUUAAUUCAAUUAAUUUCAUGCAAACUGCAAUCAAUGCUCAUUGCUACCAUGAUAUUUUGAUAAGCCAGCAUUUUCCCUUCAGUUUUUUAAUAUUCCAUAACUUAUUUCUUCAUAAUUUGACCAUGUUGUGUGGUUUGAACAAUCGUAUGGGACCAAGUGAAAUAAGGUGAAUUAUGUGAAGACCAGUAGCGUGAGAGCAAAAUGUUGUUGUAGAACUAAUAGAUAUUGUGUAAGUAACUAUCUUUCUUGUGGUAAACCACUCUUUCAGGUCUCUAGAAAGAAAAAUAUUCUAGACUAACAGCUUUGCCUCACAUGUCCAAGAAUGAAACUUCAUAAAUAAUGUUUUUAAUUUGCACUAUUGCAUAAGACUUCCUUUUGGUCUUGUUUGUUAUUAAACUCCCCGGUGAUACACCUUAGGAGAAGAAUGUGGAUAAACAGAACUUUUUUUCAUCAAGACUGUUAAAAAGCGAUACCCUGCUCCUACCAGCUGUUGUAAAGUCACAUCCCUACACAUGGCCCUUCCUGGACUAUGUACACAGCAAUAUCAAGUUACUGAAAACCCAGAAAUAAGCAGCUGAAUCCUGUGUCACUUGGGACCUGACCCUGCACCAUUCAAGUCACCGAAAAACUUGCUGCUGACCUCAGGAUCAGGGCAGAGCAUUCCCUGUAUGAAAACAAGAAUGAUGUAAUAUUUACUGUAAUUCAAGCUUUGUUGAGGUGCAUUGAUUAAAAGUAACAGAGUUGCACAAUUGCUUAUUCCUGAGAGUGGCUAAUAUCUUUUUCUUGUGUAAUAAAGCACUUUGUUGGAUAAAUGCUGACAGUUAAAGCUGUAACCUGUACUUACCAGAUAUAAAAGACUCAGGGCA